GAACCGGACUGCAACUUUACUCCGAACGGGGAGUUGCCGCAGGAUCGACGAGGUUACGCAGCUUUACUUCGCUGAUAUGCAGUUGAGACGGCACGAAGCUGGGGCCCAGUCACAACGAUUGUUCGUGGUUAGCGAUUGUGACGAUAUCGCCGUGCGCUUCCAUCGGAUAGCGCCACAGAUGAAGUGGUGCCAUGAAGGAGUAGAAAUCUUCACUAGCAGCCAGAAACGAGUCUGGGCGCAGGGGUGUAAUGAUUUUUUAUCAGGUUCAUUACCUCUAGAACAAGACUGAGAGUCGCCGAGGCCCGAGCUGCAUUUUAGUGAAUUCAGCAGAUACACCAUGCACUCAUGCGACACCAACAUAUACCUUUUAGGUUCACGCCUCGUCAUCCUGGAUCCGAAACUCGUUGGUGGUUCACGCAGCCUCGAUUCCAACGCGAACAGCUUGGCUUCCAUGAGGGCUUAGACGUUUCACACCGGGAGACCAUCGAUUACGGCGAGCACAUCACUCGUUUGAUAACUCUCAUCGGCCGUGGCGAACUGUCCCUCGUGUGCGCCUACUUGCCGGACUCGCACGAGUGGGGACCGGAUUUUCGCUUCAUCAAAGAAGCUGCAAGCUGCCCAAGCCAAGGUGGAACAUUUCUGGUGCUGGGAAAUUUUGCGUGGGUUUAUUGCGAGCAAGAGUUGCUAGCAUUCUUUGGUGCAAUCGACAUCAAUCGACGCCCUGCGCCGUCUCCAGCUGAUAUGGCGUAUCUGGAAGACUUGCUUCGAACAACGAACAACCUGUUUCGCAAACGCGUUUUAUUGGACUACGAAGUUCCUCAAACGAGUCUGUGGGCCUGGAGUACAAGGGGAAAACGCUACGCGAUGGCGAAAAAUGCUGUCGCUGAGACAGGUCCUGCUGAAGAAGAUGUUGUUCUCGAUUUGCAGAAAUUCGGGGAUACAGUCAGGCACACCUACAAUUCUGAGCUGCGUGACCUAGACGUCGCUCCGUAUGCAGAUCCUGCCGAAUCUAGAGCCUCACUAGUAGAGGAUCAUGAUGGUUCCAGACCAGACUCGACGAUUGCAGCUGGCCUGUCAGAUCACACUGCGAUGCCCGCCAUCGAUGAAUGUUCGUUAGAUUUCAUGGACCAUGAAUUUGCGAGCCUCUCAUGGGCCGGCCUGCACAACAACGCGAAAGUAUUGGCAGUUCAGCGAGAAAAACUCGAUGAGUGGCAUCCACAUGUAAACCGAAAUGCAGCUUUGAGUUUCGUGGGAACUGGCAUCGUGCUUUCGUCGAAUGACGAAGAAAAAGGAAGAAGUGGCGGGACUGACAACCAACAUCUUCACCUGCAGUGUCACCAAGGAGCAAGAACCGGCCGGCUCGCGGCUUUCUCAUUUUACGAUGGACGUGC